CCUCUAAACAAAGUGAUUUUUUUAUUCGCCUAGUGUUGACCUUGCCCGUUUAUAGUGGCUACCAUGGAUAUAACAUUUUAAGCAAUGAAAUAUGUGAAAACUAAUUUGCGCAACAAAAUGCGCGAUGAAUUUUUCAUUGAUUGCAUAGCUAUUUUAUUUGUGAGAGAGUAUGUUAUUGAUAUGGAUGGAGAUUAUAUUAUUGAUGAGAUUUGCCAAAUUAAAAAACCUUCUAUUAUAAUUGGCAUUGUCGGUUACCGUUGGUAAUUUUGUAACUAAUUUCUCAUUUGAAAUACUAAAAUUUGGGAAUGUUAACUAUUUUUGUUUACGACAUCUAAUAUUAUAUUCAAAUGCGGCCCAAUGCUUUACUAUGUUCUGGAUCCGUCGCUAGUAUGGAUAUAUAAUGUGAUGACGUCCACCUAAUUUUCAGUGGACCAAACAAACACCUCAACCGAUCCAGGAGAGAAAAUCUGUAUUCUGUAGAUAUUUUCAAGUGGGAAUAUUCUCAUCCCGUAGCUGAAGCCUGAAGAUAUAUAAUCAGGAAGGCCUUGUGUCUAACCAGUAACCAACCCUCCCUGUCCCUAAACGCUUACUCGCCCAUCACUCCAAGAAGAUGUCUGCGUUUGUUGGCAAAUAUGCAGAUGAGCUAAUGAAGACGGCCAAGUAUAUCGCCACACCGGGGAAGGGCAUCCUGGCCGCCGACGAGAGCACGGGGACCAUCGGAAAGCGGCUAGCCAGCAUCAACGUGGAGAACAUCGAGUCCAACCGCCAAGCCCUCCGCGAGCUCCUCUUCACCUCUCCGGGAUCCCUCCCGUACCUCUCCGGCGUCAUCCUCUUCGAGGAAACCCUCUACCAGAAAACCACCGACGGGAAGCCCUUUGUGGACGUGCUCCAGCAGAACGGGGUGGUCCCCGGGAUAAAAGUGGACAAGGGCACCGUGGAGCUGGCCGGAACCGACGGAGAGACCACCACCCAGGGGUUCGACUCGCUGGGGGCGCGGUGCCAGCAGUACUACAAGGCCGGGGCGCGGUUCGCCAAGUGGCGGGCCGUGCUCAAGAUUGGGCCCAACGAGCCGUCCGAGCUUUCGAUCCAGCAGAAUGCUCAGGGCCUGGCCCGUUACGCCAUUAUCUGCCAGGAGAAUGGGCUGGUGCCAAUUGUGGAGCCCGAGAUACUAACCGAUGGGUCCCACGAUAUCAAGAAGUGCGCCGCCGCGACGGAGAUGGUGCUGGCGGCCGUGUACAAGGCGCUGAAUGAGCAGCAUGUGCUUCUCGAGGGAACUCUGCUUAAGCCUAACAUGGUCACUCCCGGCUCCGACAGCCCCAAGGUGACGGCAGAGGAGAUAGCAGAGUACACUGUGACGGCACUCCGCCGGACCGUACCUCCGGCGGUUCCCGGGAUCGUGUUCUUGUCAGGAGGGCAGAGCGAGGAAGAGGCGACCAAGAACUUGAACGCCAUGAACAAACUGCAAGUGCUGAAGCCGUGGACUCUUUCCUUCUCCUUCGGGCGAGCCUUGCAGCAGAGCACCCUCAAGACGUGGGGAGGGAAGAAGGAGAACGUGGAGAAAGCUCAGGCGGCCUUCCUGGAGAGGUGCAAGGCCAAUUCUGAUGCUACCCUCGGCAAGUACGCUGGUGGUUCCGCCGGUGGGUUGGCCUCCGAGAGCUUGUACGUCAAGGAGUACAAGUACUAAGACAACAAGUACAUGACCAAAACAAAAGGAAAAACAGGGACAGAUCAGCUGGUAAUAUGUUUGAUUAAUCGUCUUAAAUCACAAUCCUUUGCUUUUGCGCUUGUUAUGAUUCUCUUCUGCUCAAUCUCUCCUUUCUCUGUGUUACGUUGUUGAUUUUAUAUUAAUUGUUGUCAUGGAUGGUUACUGUUUCUUUUGACUGAAAUUAUAUAAUGAUGAAUGACUGGUAUAUAAAUCUAUUUCUGUUUCUCUUUAUUUCCUAGCUGUGAGUAUCAAACACAUUGGGGCGGAUAAGGAUAAGGAUAAUCAUGUCCUGUCCUGAGUUUGAUCUGAUACAUUAUUAUUAAUAUUUAAUAGUAAAGCAAGCAAAAUUAUGGAAAUCAAACCAAAGCCAGAUAAUCAUCUGCCAGAUAGUUAGUUCUCCUAACUAACUGCCUAAGUAAUCCCAACAUGGUGCUGGUUCAGGAAUAAUAACACAAUGCACAUGAAUUACCAUAACUUCCUCAAAAUCGUCCCUGCUAAAUUAUAUGCCACAUUAUCGUAAUGAUACAAGAAUGUAGGCACCAUAGAUCAUGGUUCGUUUCACAAUCAACAACGAUUCAUCAGCUUCUAAUUGCAUGCACCAAGCGAAGCAAUUAGGUAGGGCAUUCAUUCAUUAAAUUAAAUAAAAACGUGAUAAACUCAAACAAAUGGAAGUAAAUCAAUGAAGAGUGCUUCAAGAAGGAUAUGCAUUUUGAAAAAACAAAGCGACAAGAUAUCA